CUUACCUGCAUCCGUUAUCAGGAAGUUUUCCGUUUUCUCACAAGCAUGUGCGGGAUAAACAUGUCUUUUUUAAUCGUAGUGUGAAAGAUGUGAAUUUGGAAGUCGGGACGUCAUUACAUGUCCCAUGGAGAUCGACUAUAAAAGGGAGUCCUUGCUGUUGACCUCAUUUAACGGAAAGAAACGGAAGAAGAAUGCCGAUCAUCAUCAUAACCACAAUGUGGCUAAGAGGGUCAAAAGUGAGCGUGGUGGCGCUGAGGAGACGGAGGAAGUUGAGCCCCGGAUCUCUGUGCUUCCUGACCGCCUGCGACAUCCCAUCACGGCCGAGGAGUUGACAGAGCUGCUGCACUACGCUGCUCUUGGGGGGACCAGAGUCAAACAGCCAAGUUGGUGUGUUCUCCUUGGACAAAGGCGUGUCAAAGGUGUCAAUGUAGUCGUGGUGGAGGAAGUCAGCCAAAGUGACUUUUACAAACACUACAUCACUCUCAGGAACCUGAGGAGCAAAUACAGCAAUAGGUUGACCUUCACGCUGUCCACCAGCAGCAGCAGCAGCAGCCUGCUGCUGUCUACAAUAUUCAGCAGCGAAGUGGACUCAUUAGAACAGUUGGCUGUGUUACAGGAAGACAAGGACAGCAGCAAGCUGCACAAAGCGCUGAGGACUCACCCAGUGGUCCUCAAGUACGGUACGAGCAAGCGUGGCCUAACAGCCUACAUGCUCACCCAGGAGGAGAUGAUCAAGCGGCAUUACCCCGUGAAAGGGCUGCCGGGCUUCGAGGAUUUCGCGUGCGCCGACUGCGCUGACGUCACAGACGCCAGCCCUCUCUUUGGACUCGACUGCGAAAUGUGUCUCACAGUGAAGGGCUACGAGUUGACCCGAGUCUCCCUGGUGGAGGGCGGCGGGAAGUGCGUGAUGGACCAGCUGGUCAAACCCGACAACAAAAUACUUGACUACCUCACCCAGUUCUCUGGCAUCACGGCAGCCAUGUUGCAUCCAGUCAGGACCAGUUUGCGCGAUGUCCAAGUGCAGCUGAGGACGCUGUUGCCGCGUGACGCCGUCCUCGUGGGUCACGCCGUCAACAACGACCUGGUGGCUCUCAAACUGAUCCACCGUCAUGUGAUCGACACGUCGCUGCUGUACGGGAGGGAGUUUGGCCAGAGGUUCAAGCUGAAACUUCUGGCUGAGGUGGUGCUCGGUAGGAGCAUACAGACACAGGGGGAGAAAGGACACCAUCCCGUGGAGGACGCCUUGGCUGCCUUGGAUCUGGCCAAAUACUUCAUACGCAAGUCACCUCUGAAGGUUGUUGAGGAUCACCUCGAGGAACUUUGGGGUUUGACACAAGAAGAAGAAGAAGAAGAAGAAGAGUCGACAUGUCGCUCAACAGAGCUUGCGCCCAGUAGCGGGUUUGCCGACGUGUUGCAGCGUGCGGGGAGGUCCGUCUGCUAUGUGGGGAAGCGCUGUGACAUCACCUUGCACCCGGCCCAUCAGCAGUGGCACAACUCGGACAGACAGGUUGUGGCCUCUUUCCGGAGACAGAGCAAUUGUCCCUUCUUCUCCGUGCUCAGGUUGUCUUCCUUCUCAAACAUACCUCCUCGUCAAGACUACGAGGUGCGCUGGUGUCUUCAGGACAUGUGUGUUGUGUUUGCCGGACCGCUCCCUGCCGGCUUCUCCGAAAGAGAAGUAAGGCGACUGUUCCGCCGCUGUGGAUCGGUCAGGACCGUCAAAAUGCUGACGACCACACACAGGAUUCAUGCUGUGGUGGAGUUCGAAUUACUGGAAGGAGCUGCGCUGGCACUGCAGAUGCUGAACGGUGCCACUGUGCAGGGACACACCAUGAAGGUUCAGAGACCAGUCACCGAGUCCACGCUGGACUUUGACGUGUAUCUGGACGCGCUGAUGAGCGACGCAGUCAACGCGCGCCGCCUCUACACGCUCAAGCUAAACUGCCGAACUACCCCCAACGGGCACAUAGCUGAUGGCAAAUUCGCAGUGAACGGUUGCACGUCUGAGUCGCUUCCCAUCAAGAAGUGCGAGCUGAGUGAGGAGGCACUGACGCAGACGUUCACCCGCUUCGGCAUCGUUGAAAGAAUCCUCUUGAUGGGCAAACCUGGAAGACAAGCCAGACAUGCCUACAUACAGUUUGAGCGUUCAGAGGCGAAGCAGGCUGCUAUCGAGUCCUCCGAGGGACUUUGGCAGGAAAACUACGUCACAUGUCCGGCGCUGACUCCAGUCCCGGUGGAUGAAGACGGGCCGCACGAGUUAAGAGGCCAAAUACACGCGGGACCUCAGGACAUGGCAAUGUGUCACAUGAUGAAAAAGCUUGACGCGCGCCUGGGGAAAAUCUUCACAUCUCUCCCAGAAUGCACCUUGUCUGUCGUGCUGCUGCUCGCCCACAACAGCGCUCGUGAGCCACCGUCACCUGGUUUGUGCCUUUUGGAGCUCAAACGUGGGAAGUCCAAUAACGCUACCACGUGACGUCACUUCCUGCAUCCAACAGACUUUGCAAAAUAAAGUGAAUUCAUCUCUUCCAGGAUCAAAAUGUCACCAUCGUGAAACGCCUUUUAAUGUACUGUCGACGAGGUCUGUGAGAAUCAUACAAGUGGAAAAGUGACCACUGUAAUAAAAGUCAAGUAAAAGUA